AUGAAGGAGCCUCACCGGCUGGGCCCGAUGAUGGCCCUGCUCUUGGCCUGCGCCGCGCUGACGGCGGGUCAGUAUUUGCAAGAGCCAGAUCUGCGUGAUUAUCCACUUGCUGCAAAAAAUGUGACCUACCUGGAUGGUACCUGGAAGCUCCAGUCGGCUGCUGUCGGCAUGUCCUUUACUGGCCAGGUGCCCGGCGAUCUUCUGACGGAUCUGCAAUUGGCUGGUGUCAUUGGUGAUCCAUUGUACGAAGUGAAUUUUCGCAACACGUCUCUCUGGAACGACUAUGACUGGGAGUACUCGACUUCCUUUGAGCUGGCUGCCAAGCCAGAAGGUUCUCUCUUUCUGGUCUUGGACGGCGUUAAAAUGGGUGCCGUGGUCAGCUUUAAUGGCGAGCCCCUCGAUCACCUCGUCGACCAGUUUUAUCGUUACCAGUUUGACGUCACCUCAUUGGCUGUUGUGGGCACCAACACCAUCUCCAUCGCCUUUGAGAACAACAUUUUUGUCAACGGGCGUUUCAUGGGUUGCGCUGGUGGCUGGGACUGGGCGCCGUACACUGGCAACUGGGAUACAGCCCAUAUGGCCAAGACAUUUUCACGCGGCAUUUGGAAAAGCGUCUACCUAGCCGAGUUGGAACCUGUGGCCAUUACGCACUUUGUGCCCCACACUUUUUACAAGGGUGAUUAUCCUACCGAGCCCUUGGGCGACUAUAUUGCCAACAUUUCCUUUCAAGUGGCUGCCGAGGACAUGCUUCUUUGGUGGCCCGCAGGCUAUGGGCAGCAGGCUCUCUACACCGUGCGCGCCACGUUCACGCCUACGCAAGGCACCGCAGUUUCUACAACUCGCCGCAUUGGCUUUCGCAUGUUUGCCUUGGUCACGGGCAAUGAUACCGAUCCUGACUAUGUGGCAAAGAAUGCCAACGUGGACGGCACCGACGAUCACGGCAUGUACUUUCGCGUCAAUGGCCUCAUCAUCUUCUCCCGCGGUGCCAACAUGAUCCCCAUGGAAAACCUGGAGGGUCGCAUGUCUGCCGAGGCCCACCGUCAAAUCGUUCGCAAUGCGCAUGACGGUGGCAUGAACACGCUUCGCGUUUGGGGAGGUGGCAUCUUCCUCCCUGAUGCGUGGUACGAAGAGUGCGACAAGCUGGGUAUGAUUGUCUACCACGACAUGGCUUAUGCCCAGCGCGGUCACGCUCCAACUCAGGAUGCUGUCCAGGACGCCGAGCUCCGCCAUCAAAUCCGCCGUCUCUCCCACCAUCCGAGUAUCUGCAUUUGGGAUGGAUGCAAUGAGUGCCAAGUUGUGAUCGGCAGUGACACCGGUAUCUAUGCAACCUUUGUCAUGACACUUGUGGCAGAAGAAGAUGGGAGCCGUGUUGUUUGGCCCUCGUGUCCUGCUGACGGCUGGAAGUCUGGUGUCAACCGCUUGACUGCCGCUCCCAAUGGUCAGCCCUUGAUCACGGUGGUGCAUGAGAAGGCUGAAGCUCCCGUGGCUGCUCCCGAUGAUCACUGCGAUUAUCAACAAAAUAUUGACUUUGAUGCUGGCUCUUCUUGGAUCUCAAAGGCCAUGUCCUCUGACAACGUUACGGCUGAAUGCUGCGAAUUCUGCCGCAACACCACAAGCUGCAAGGCCUCCAUCUUGAGCUCUGGCAUCUGCUAUCUCAAGAACAAUACUGCAACACCUUCCUACGCACCCAACCGCAUAGCCUGCUGGCCCAAACCACACGGUCCCCUGCCUCCCGUACCACCAGAACCGCACACGUUUGAGACGCACGGCCCGUAUCAGCACGGUUCUGGCUUUCCUUCUGUCAAUGGCGGCAAUGGAUACGAUCCCUUUUCAGCCAACAUUCCCACCACCUUUACCAAGACAGCUACUGGCCCGGCCUUGGAGAAUGUUUUUGCGUCAGAGUUUGGCUGUGUGGUCAUGUCUUCGUUCGAGUCGAUGAGCGCAACGCUCGCCCCAGAGCAUUGGGGCCUGCACGGCAACGCUUCGGCCGACUCGUGCAACAGUGGAUUUGAGAAGCAAUGUGAUGGCGACAAUGUGAUGGCCCAACGCAACUAUCCUUGCGACAGUUUGAUCUAUACCUAUUUUGGUACCAAGCAAAACUUGGACGAUGCUGGUAGCGAGGCUUUCAAGCGUCAGCUGUAUCAGUGUAUGAUCAGCCAAGCGCUGGAGAUGAAGAGCAACAUCGAGACACGACGUGCCAGCAACCAGUUUGGUGUGCUGACGUGGCAGCUCAACGAGAUCUGGCCCACGGGUGGCUGGGGUAGCCUUGAGUACGGUUCAGCUGUUUACGGCCAGGUGGUCGGAGGGCGCUGGAAGCCCCUUCAUUACUUGAUGAAAAAGUCAAUCUACACCGACGUCAUGGCCACCUGCGCGCACGGUGGUGUGUGCUACGUCAAAAAUGAUAGCCCUUACACCUUUAAUGGCCGGGUUGAAGUAUCUACCAUUCGCUUUGCAGAUGGCCACAGCUCUGUGUGGCAAGUCGAGCGCGUCAACAUGGCGCGGGGUGCCGGCGUUACCGAAUGGUUCACUCUGGAAAACUUCAACGCAAACAACUUCAACGGCUCGCAAGCCAUGUUGCGAGCCGUGGUCACGUCUGAUGAGGGCCAAGUCAUGUCCGACAACUUUAUUCCGUGGGCUACCCCCGAAUUCAUGGAUGUGCCGGCCGCCAGCAUCGAUGCGUCGGUGGCAACCAAGGCCAAUGCGGAUGGCACCGUGAACAUCACGUUGUCAACCAAGAGCCCAGCCUUCUACGUGGUCCUCACCACCCGGGCUCAAGGCCGUUUCAGCGACAACGCCUUUUAUCUCGCACCUGGCACCACGGUGCGUUCAUAUCGACCAGCAACACCACUUGGUGGUCACGUCGCUCGAAAGCUCACAUGGCUGUGCUCGGGUUGCGGCAAUUCUUUUUUUUUUUCUUAG